CUCUGCUCAGCUCCGGGGAGAACCCGACAAUGGCGCUCACACAGCAGCUGCAGCACUUCCCUGCUUCAGUCUCGGUCGUCGUCUCCGGCAAGUGCAGCCCAGUUCCCCGGUUCCCCAAAUCUCACUUGUUCCUGUUUUCCUCCAAGUCCUCGAAACCUCUCUGCCUCUGUGCAACUCCACCCUCCUCUGCUUCCCCCAUUUUCCUACCUUACCUCCAUGAACAGGACCAAGACGGAGAACAAGCUGAACCGGAAGAGGACGGAGUAGAGGGAGGAGACGGUGAAGUCGACGAAGAAGACGAUGACGAUCCGAUUCGCCGGUUCUUCAAGUCUCGGGCUACCACUCAGGACCCGCCACUCGAAGCUCGAUUCUCCCUCCAGAAGAACCGCCGCUCCUCCUGGCGCCUCUCCUCGUUCGACGGAGCGGAGGAUGAAUCAGACACCGAGUAUGCUUCCACGGCGGAGAAAUGUCAAAUGAGGUCUCUGGAGACAGCACUCGAAGAGGCCUCGGUGUCGUUUCAACUUCCCAAGCUUGCUGUCUUGGCUGACCUGAACGUCGACCCUCCCGUUUCCGAUGGCGACGACUCUGUCCCGAUUACGGUGCCGGACAUCUCCAGAUUGAUCACUGAUGAAAACAGCCAGAAUAAAAGAAUUGUCAUCUCUAAAGAGUCUGAUACUGUGGAAGCUGAGGUUAAAAAGCUGGGUAAGCCGGGGAAAUGCCGGCCAAGGAUCAGUAAGAUAGAAUGCUCGCCUGAUUAUGGAGGUGAUGCAGAGUUGGACCAGCACGGUCAAGGGACACCGUCAUCUAGGGAAGAAAAAGUUAGCAGUCUCAAAACUGGCUUAGUUCACGUUGCAAGAAAGAUGCCAAAAAAUGCUCAUGCUCAUUUCAUACUCGGAUUAAUGUAUCAGAGGAUGGGGCAACCACAGAAGGCAGUUUUGGCAUAUGAAAAAGCAGCAGAGAUCUUACAACGCCCUGAAAGUGAAAUUGAUCGACCAGAGUUGCUUUCAUUGGUUCAAAUUCAUCACGCACAGUGCAUUCUGUUAGAAAGUUUAGGGGAUAAUAGCUCGGAUAAAGAACUUGAGCCCGAUGAGCUGGAAGAAAUUAUUGCUAAACUAAAGGACUCAAUGCAAGCAGAUAUUAGGCAGGCUGUUGUGUGGAAUACCCUAGGCUUGAUACUCCUCAGAAGUGGCCGCUUGCAGAGUGCUAUUUCAGUGUUAUCAUCUUUGUUAGCUGUUAUUCCUGACAAUUAUGAUUGCCUUGGAAACCUUGGGAUUGCACAUCUCCAAAGGGGAAAUCUGGAGGAAUCAGCUAAAUGUUUCCAAGAAUUGAUCCUGAAAGAUCAAAACCAUCCUGCUGCCUUGAUUAACUAUGCAGCACAUUUACUUUGUAAAUAUGGUUCCACUGUUCCAGGUGCUGGCGCAAAUGCUGGUGAAUCUGGUUUUGUUGAUCAGACUACUGCUGUGAAUGUGGCGAAGGAGUGUCUGCUUGCUGCUCUGAAGGCAGAACCUAAAGCAUCACAUAUAUGGGUGAAUCUUGCUGAUGCAUGUUAUGUGGCUGGUGAUUACAGGAGUUCUUGCAAGUGCUUGGAGAAGGCUGCGAAAUUGGAUUCGAAUUGUUUGUCUACUCGAUAUGCUGUUGCUCUUCACAGAGUGAAAGAUGCUGAAAGGUCUCAAGAUCCUAGUGAUCAGUUCUUAUGGGCUAGAAAUGAAAUGGUUUCAAUUAUAAGAGAUGGAGAUACUUCUUCUAUUGAAGUUUCUCUAGCCUGGUCAGGGCUUGCCCUGGUUCACAAGAUCCAACAUGAGAUAACUGCAGCAUUUGCAAACAGACAAUCUGAUAUAAUUGAUGUAGAAGAGCAAGCCAUCUACAGCCUGAAGCAGACCAUAGCAGAGGACCCUGACGAUGCUCUGCACUGGCACCAGCUCGGCCUUCAUGGUCUUUGCAGCCGACGAUUCAAAGAAUCGCAGAAGUACCUCAAAGCUGCAGUUGCCCGCUUCCAAGAAUGCGGUUGUGCUUGGAGUAACUUAGGUAUCUCAUUGCAACUAUCUGAGGAGUUAUCACCGGCUGAGAAAGUAUUCAAGCGGGCAUUAGCUCUGGCAAGACCGGAGCAUGCUCAUGCGGUGUUUUCCAAUCUAGGAAAUCUCUACCGGCAACAGAAGCAUUACGAACGAGCUAAAGCAAUGUUUGGCAAGUCUCUUGAACUCCAGCCCGGCUAUGCUCCUGCCUUUAACAACUUAGGGCUAGUAUUUGUUGCUGAGGGUCUAUGGGAGGAAGCCAAGUACUGCUUCGACCAAGCACUUUUAUCGGAUCCAUUACUUGAUGCAGCCAAGUCCAAUGCAACUAAAGCAGCUGCAUUGUCUAGGUUGCGUGGGACUAUGCUCUCGAGUAAUCGUCGGGAAUAAAUUGGACUUCAGUGAAGAGGUAAAAGUCGAUAAACCUCCAGUUCAUGCACUCCCUGAAAGAAUCCCAUCUCAGGAGAAGUUACAACUGCUGGAUGGGGCGGGCCCGAAAAUUACUUGCAUUCCAUGAUAUUGUAGCCAUGAGAUUCGCAUGGUGUGAAAAGAGCAUAUUGUGCCCUUGAUCAUUUACAGAGCGAAGGUGAAGGGCGAGAAAAGAAUGGUAGCCUUGGCAAGGUGUUCCCAAGUCAGAUCUCACGAUCUACUUGCUUCGCCUUGCCGGUGGCCCACUCCGGUCAUGGGAUGGGUCAGAGGUGUAGCUGUAUUAACUGUAUAUAUAAUAGGAACCGGACAUUUAUUACAUAAAUGACUGACUACUACUUUUACGAAGCUUCCGGUGUUGUAUGGCAAUCCAAUGAUUUAAGUUAGUUGCAAGUACUUCGCUCAGAGUUAUGACCAUAGUAAAGUUAUCCAAAGGAAGUUCUAUUUA